UGCGUGGCAUGUCUCUCUGCUACGGGCGCAGAAUAGCUUGGCAUCCAUCCCAGAGGGCCAGAUUCCGAACCGGAAGAGCUGUCCCCCCUCUUUGACUGUCCAAGAUGGAUCGCUUCACUAACCCUGGUCGAACACCCCUGUAACUGCUUCACGCGGAGAAAUGGGGUAGUCGAGCGCAAGCAGCCAUCCUUAAUUCUAGUUCUCCCCGCUUUCUGCUCAUCUCUAGGUACUUGUAGACUCCAACAAACACAAUGAGUAAGAUGACUGAAAGACCGGUAUAAAUGCCACCCCUGCCAGGAACGGUAGUCGGCUAAUCGACGGACUUCUAAAGGGCGAUCUGACUGGAUGGUUCAUCAAGUCGAGCAAUCUACCAAUGCAGGUUCAUCUGCACAAAGAUGGAAGAGGAGGGUAGAGUCGUAUUCAAGCGAGCGGCCAGAUCUGCCCCCCAUGCACGGUUCCUGGCCCGUUCUACCGUGAAGCAAUGAGGGAAGGGAGCUGGAUGAUAAUGAAUGUUUGACUACCCAAGCAUAUUUAGCAUGGGACUAGGCCUGUUUUCAACUUACCUCGUGGCGGAUAACCUUUGAAUCAAAGCUGCGAACCCUUGUCGGCUAUCAAUGGCACAGCGCCCAGACGGCCAGACAAAGGCUUCGGAGGGUGACCUUCCUUCGCCUCAAGAGGAACAAGACGGAACAGGAAGAAGGAAUAGAGCUCAAUCACGGAAAGUUGGCUCCCUGGAGAGCGUGUUCCGUUGCCAAUACACCCCUGAGCGAGUUCUGAAUGGGUAAACGGGAAGAGACCCGAUAGCCAUGGUUAAGUUGGACAGAGAUGUCUGAACACAUAUGAAGACCUCCUUCUCCCGACUCUUUGGUCGAGGCGCGUGCUGUUCUGUCUAACGGCGCAAUCGUCGCAUUCUCUCUCUUUCGGAACUCACCACGGCUUCCCAGUCAUGAUGGCCUCUUCUCUCUCCCGCUUGGGCCUUGCCACUCUCUUCAUAGCCCUGGCAGCGGCCCAGCGUCAGAUCGGGCCCGAAGAGAACCACCCUCCACUCACGACAUGGCGCUGUACCAAGGCUGGCGGCUGCACUGAAGUCAACAACUUCAUCGUCCUCGACUCCCUCGCGCACAACGUCUACCAGGCCAACGGUGGUGGAAGCUGUGGCUCCUGGGGCAGCCCGCCCAACGAAACGGCGUGCCCGACCAAGGAGGCAUGCGCCGAGAACUGUGUCCAGGAGGGUCUCGACGACUAUAGCCGUGUCGGCGUGACGACAAACGGCGGCGCCAUGACUAUGUACCAGCUUAAGGAUGGCGUGCAGGUGUCUCCGCGCGUGUAUCUCCUUGACCCUUCCAAGGAGCAGUAUGAGAUGAUGCACCUGACGGGCAAGGAGUUUACGUUUGACGUCGAUGUAUCGAAGUUGCCGUGUGGCAUGAAUAGUGCCCUGUAUACUUCCGAAAUGGAAGCCGACGGUGGGAAGAGCGCGCUCAAUACCGGUGGCGCCCGUCAUGGCACGGGAUACUGUGAUGCUCAGUGUUACACUACGCCGUUUAUCAACGGUGAAGCUAACAUUGAAGGAUACGGUGCAUGCUGCAAUGAGAUGGACAUCUGGGAGGCCAACUCGCGUUCUGCUCAUCUGGCGCCGCACCCGUGCAACCAGACUGGUGUCUAUCUCUGCGAGGGCGAAGACUGUGCCUUUGAAGGCGUCUGCGACAAGAACGGUUGCGCCUGGAACCCGUACCGAGUCAACCAAGAUGACUACUACGGCCGCGGCUCAGGAUUCGAUGUCGAUACCACACGCCCCUUCACAGUCAUCACACAGUUCCCCGCCAACGAAGCUGGCGUCCUCACCGAGAUCCACCGCCUCUACAUCCAAGACGGCCACCUGAUCCGCAGCGAGGUCGUCAACAACACGGAUCUACCGCAGGUCAACUACCUCAACGACGAGUUCUGCGCGGCGACGGGCUCGCGGCGAUUCAUGGAUCUCGGCGCGCACCGGGAGAUGGGCGAGUCGUUUGACCGGGGCGUGGUGCUUGCGUUUAGCAUCUGGUGGGAUGCCGGCGGCGGGAUGAGGUGGCUGGACGGUGCGCCGGAAGCCGGGCCAUGCAAUGAGACGGAAGGAUUCCCGGAGAAUGUUGUCAAGGUUGAGCCGAACCCGGUUGUGACGUUCAGCAAUAUCAAAUGGGGCGAGCUUGGGUCUACGUUCAAGCCUCAGUGCAAGAACAGGCCCAGGAAUGUGUAA